AUGGUCUCAGACGAGACAUACGAAAUAUGCCUUCCCAUUCUGCAGGAUCCGAGUAUCGACGACGAGGACAAGACAGACAGGCUGGUGGAACUCUUGAAGAAGGAGACCCCUCUGCACGGUUUGUCGCUGCAGAACGCCGUACUGGACGUGCUAUGGCGACAUCGUGAAGUGGGCGGGAGCGCUUCCUCCCCACCGCCGAUACGACAAACCAUCCUCCGCCGACCAUCUCCAGCUUCGUGGCGAGGUUCCGCAACGCCAACAGUGUCCGGCUCACCUCGCUUGGGAGUAAGCCCGCUGGCUCCCCCCGGCUUCGUCCCGACCAACCUCAGCAGGACCAAGUCGUCCACCGUCUCGCCCUUUUCGUCGCCGCGACCUUCUCCGCGCCUUGCUUUCGCCGCCCCCGUGAUCCCGAAUAGUCCGAGUCUUAAUGCAUACGAGUUCGCAAGUGAUACCAGUCCCGCGCAAGAAAUAUUCGGUGAUUUCCAGACCGAGAAUGUCGAGUGGCUCGUGAGCGAGGACGCGCUCAGUGCCUCUUCCUCAACCGGGACCCUGAGCGGCUUAAACGCCGCUGCGCCCGAGUAUGUGUCCUCCCAGCAGUCGGACAUGACACCUUAUGACAUGCUGCGCUCGAUACUGGGACAAUCCAAGACGGAUGAGGAGAUUGAAGCAGCUCUCGCCAUGCAUGGCUAUGAUCUUAGCGCAACCAUCGCAGCCAUUAUGGACGGCCAGGGGCAGGAUUCAACCAACGUGGCCGCACUCACCCCCGAAGCCAAGGGUAUUCUGAUUGGCAAGUCCAUGACACCAGAUGCGAGACCCAGUACGCCCUCAGCGCAGCAGAAAGCAGGCAUCAUCUGCAAGUUCUACUUGUCUACUGGACAAUGUCUACGAGCAGACUGCCGGUUCAGCCAUGAUCUGAGCAAUCACAUCUGCAAGUACUGGGUUAUGGGCAACUGCUUAGCCGGCGAUACGUGCAUUUUCUCUCAUGAUCCAGCUCAUCUGAUGAACAGACUCACUGUAGAUGGCAGCAGUACUCCGCCACAGAAGAGUCUCCAGGUACAAGAUGCCAGCGCCUUCCCGGCGCUGCGCCCAGGAACCCCAGAUCUUAAUCCCUUCGCCGCAAGCUUCAACUACACGGGUGCAGGCCUCACACCGCCCCCAGGCCUUAAGCCUAUGCAUGGUUAUGUAGGUAAUGAUGGACCCCAUCCGCGUUCUCGUCCGGGAAGCCGCCAUCAGACAAAAGACGGCAUGAGUGCGCCCUCGAUGGACGAUAACGAUGCGUUCCCUUCUCUCGGAUCUGCUUCUUCCAAGUCCAAUAAGAAGCAUCAUGGCAAACGUGGUGGGCACGGCCACGGCCAUAAAGACAAUUUCGCGCCGAGUUCUCUGGCCGAUAUUGUCAAGAUGUCACCAUCUCCCACUCCGGGAUCCAACCGUCAGGACUCAAAGAAGCUUGGUCGAAAUGGGAGUGCAACAAACAUUCGGAACGGGGAAAAUAGCGCAGCGGCCCAGGCUAUCCCUAUGCCCAAGCAUAUACCAUGGUUAGAGACUGGAGACAGGGCCAACAAGAACUACCUGAAGGCGCGCCAAGAGGCUAUCAAGCAUGGUGGGCUCCGCAACAAGUUUCUCCAAAGUGCUGCACAAGCGUGGAAUCGUAACGAUGCUCGAGCGGCCAAGGCGCUCAGCCUCAGAGGUCAAAGUGAGAACGACCUCAUGCGAAAAGCCCACCGCGAAGCCGCGCGCGAGCUAUAUGAGGAACGUAACAAGCACGGCGGAAUGAGCUUGGACAUCUACGUAGACCUCCACGGCCUGCAUCCGGAAGAGGCAGUGGAGUAUUUGGAGCGAGUACUAUUGGAUAACAGCAAGGAAAGCAGACCUGUUUACGCUAUCACCGGAACAGGUCAUCACAGCAAGAAUGGGAAGGACAAGGUGGGCAAGGCGAUCAGGAACUUCCUCAACGAGUGGAGGUAUGCCUACCGCGAAUUCUCGGUUCCGGGAGACCGCAACAGUAUGGGCGGAAUCCUCGGCGUCGACGCCCGAAGCUGGGACAAGUCGCUGGCUAGAGAGCCGUCGAAGGAGGAGGCAGAGCCCAGGGAGGAGGUCAAUAUCCUUAGUCAAGGGGUUGAGAUUGGGGAUGGCAAGGUGAGGCUUCUUGUGAGAGAUCCUCCUAAAGGGCCUAGUGGCAAUAGAAGCCGGUGA